CGAACUUGGCCAACAGGAUGGACGAGUCGACUGGACAAACGAGACAGCGAGAGUUCGCGCCGUCGACAUCGAUUACUUGGCACUUCCUAUGCGUCCCUGCUUCAGUGCGCGGAUGCUGUACGCCAUCGAGCCCUCUUUCGACCUUCCGUGAAAGGCGCGCGGUAGACGGGACCAACCGCCCAAUGGAGCAGCGUUGUCGUCACUUGGCAGGAAUUUUGCGGUUCGACGUCGAUGAUGUCCCAUGGCGCACUCUUCUGUAGUACUGGUCCAGCGUCUUGAUUGGAACAGCGGUUCGGCGCGCGCAGCUCUUGGCGAGUUGGAGCUGUCGUCUCGUUCGGCCUUGGUUUCUCCUCGACGUCAUGUGGCUGUCAAUCCACUCGAUUACUUUGUCGUGGCCUUGCUGAACGAUUUGAAAGCCUGCUCGAAACAUUGGAUCGAUCUCAAUGUCUUCCGCACGCGUGGCGCUCGGACAAGGAGUUGUUUUACGGUAAAAGUACACCGCAUGGCCUUCGCUGGACCCUGCCAUCGACGUCGGCAGGCGCCCGAUCUCUUCCACGUGGAACCCGUACUGCUCGAUGACUUUUCGGGGGCCGUGAAAGCUCACAAAAUAGCGCGAUUCUUGACUCUCAUUGAAGCAUUCGGCAAUGUGCCCCAUCGCGGCAGGAGGAAACCCCACAUCGAAACUGUACACAUGCGAGAACGGAUCGAGAGAUGUGGCGUCUGUGAUGUCGCCCUGGGUGAAGAUAACAGGGCGCACCUUCUUGGCCACGGUAGACGACAGCACGCUGCGAAGAUUGUGGAGGCUGAGUUCCCACCGCUGGUCCUCGAGUUCUACGCCGUACGAAAUGGCGACGCCAGGCGAGACCGCCGCAUGAAAGUUCGGUUUGCCCAGCCCACUUCCAAUAUCAAGAAACACGGACUGGUCAGUCAACUCGCAAUGCUCCAUCAUGUACUCGAGAAUCUUGGCCAUGGAAUUCUUGGUGAUCUCGCCAUAAAUCGCACCCCCCGCGCCAUUGCCACCCAGGGCACCCGUUUGCUUGUGAAUGAUUUGGUAGACCGAGGUCACGUCAUGUUGCACAAAGGUCAGGUCGAUCUCCUUCGAACGUUCCUCGCUCAAGGGUUUGGCGGUAGAAGGCAGCAUGUCAGCAGCUUUCGCACGCUUUCUUGCCGACGACGGCCUGGUGGAGUUGAGGGAGCGCUUCCUGGGGCCAACUGGUGAUGUCGACGUUUUCGGUACCGGGGUGGCCGUGGUCUUGACACGAAGCGAGGCGGCUGAGUUCAGAACCUGAUCGAUCAACGACCGCCGCCGCAAAGCGGGGCUGGCACUGCUCGAGUUACUUGCCGUCAUGUUGUCCCAGCCGCCGGCGCGAUCGCAGGGCCGUUCUGCCAAUAAUUCACUUGUCAGAGUUCC